AUGGCCGGCUGCGGUCCUGAGGAGAAAACUUACCGGCGCUUCCUGGAGCUGUUCCUGGGCGAGUUUCGCGGACCCUGCGGCGGCGGCGAGCCGGAGCCGGAACCCGAACCCGAACUCGAGUCGGAGCCCGAGCCCGAGCCCGAGCCCGAGUCCGAGUCCGAACUGGUAGCGGCUGAGGCGGCCGAGGCUUCGAGUGAGGAGCCCGGCGAGGAGGCGGCCGCGGUAGCCGCGACGGAGGAGGGGGAGCAAGAGCAGGACCAAGACCCCGAGCCCGAGGAAGAGGCGGUGGAGGACGAGGCGGCGGAGGGCGAGGAGGAGGCAGCGGCAACCCCGGGGCAGUCGGCCGUGCCGCCGCCGCCACCGCAGCCCCAGCUGCCGCCGCUGCCCCCGCUCCCGCGGCCGCUGUCGGAGCGCAUCACCCGGGAGGAGGUGGAGGGCGAAAGCCUGGACCUGUGCCUGCAGCAGCUCUACAAAUAUAAUUGCCCUUCCUUUUUGGCUGCCGCUUUAGCCAGAGCCACAUCAGAUGAAGUCCUUCAGAGUGAUCUUUCUGCACAUUACAUCCCAAAGGAAACGGAUGGCACAGAAGGGACUGUGGAGAUUGAGACAGUGAAGUUGGCCCGUUCUGUCUUCAGCAAACUACAUGAGAUUUGCUGCAGCUGGGUGAAAGACUUCCCUCUCCGAAGGAGACCCCAGCUUUAUUAUGAGACAUCAAUCCAUGCCAUCAAAAACAUGCGCAGGAAAAUGGAGGACAAACAUGUCUGCAUUCCUGACUUUAAUAUGCUCUUCAACCUAGAGGACCAGGAAGAACAAGCUUACUUUGCAGUGUUUGAUGGCCACGGAGGAGUAGAUGCUGCCAUUUAUGCCUCCAUUCACCUGCACGUUAACUUGGUACGCCAGGAGAUGUUCCCCCAUGAUCCUGCUGAAGCCUUGUGCCGGGCCUUUCGGGUCACUGAUGAACGGUUUGUACAGAAAGCAGCCAGGGAGAGCUUAAGAUGUGGGACCACAGGAGUGGUGACUUUUAUCAGAGGCAACAUGCUACAUGUAGCCUGGGUGGGUGAUUCCCAGGUUAUGCUUGUGAGAAAGGGCCAAGCUGUUGAACUAAUGAAGCCACACAAACCAGACAGAGAAGAUGAAAAGCAGCGAAUUGAGGCCCUGGGAGGUUGUGUAGUCUGGUUUGGUGCCUGGCGGGUGAAUGGAAGUCUGUCGGUCUCCAGAGCUAUUGGAGAUGCUGAACAUAAGCCAUAUAUCUGUGGGGAUGCAGAUUCCGCCUCUACUGUGUUGGAUGGAACUGAAGACUACCUCAUUCUGGCCUGCGAUGGCUUCUAUGACACCGUGAACCCUGAUGAGGCAGUGAAAGUUGUAUCUGACCACCUGAAGGAGAAUAAUGGAGACAGCAGCAUGGUUGCCCACAAAUUAGUGGCGUCAGCUCGUGAUGCUGGGUCAAGUGAUAACAUCACAGUUAUUGUGGUUUUCCUGAGGGACAUGAACAAAGCUGAAAAUGUUAGUGAGGAAUCAGACUGGACAGAGAACUCUUUUCAAGGAGGGCAAGAAGAUGGUGGGGAUGAUAAGGAAAAUCAUGGAGAGUGCAAACGCCCUUGGCCUCAGCACCAGUGCUCAGCACCAGCCGAUCUAGGUUAUGAUGGGCGUGUGGAUUCAUUCACUGACCGAACUAGCCUGAGCCCAGGGUCCCAAAUCAACGUGCUGGAAGACCCAGGCUACCUGGAUCUCACACAAGUAGAAGCAAGCAAACCUCACAGUGCUCAGUUUUUGCCACCAGUUGAGAUAUUUGGUCCUGGUGCACCAAAGAAAGCAAAUCUUAUUAAUGAGCUAAUAAUGGAGAAAGCAUCCGUUCAAUCAUCAUUGUCUGAAUGGAGUGGUGCUGGAGCGUUUCCCUCUUCCUUUAAUUUGGGUUUAACAGGGCAGCAGAUACACAGAAUGGAGAGUUUGUCUCCUGUCUGUUCUAUGUUGGAAAAUGAACAGUUAAAAUUCCUGGGAAGUAGAGUUUCUAGAUUAUCUCAUUUACGCUAUCACUACUCAAAGAGGUGGCAUGGAUUCAGGUUUAACCCAAAAUUUAAGUCAUUCCUCUCUGCUCAAGAGCCUUCCCACAAAGUAGGCACAAGCCUAUUUUCACUUACUUCACGUGGGAAAAGAAAUAGGAUGUUAAGAAGUUCUCUGCCACGGAGGCAAAAUAGUUGGAAAGAGUAUGAUGAAAACACAAAGAAGCUCAGAAAGAGUAAUGAUAUUCCAUACCCAGAUCUUCCCUGGAGCUGUAAAAUAUAAUACUUUCUCUUUAGAGUAGGCUAGUUAGCUCUCCCCCAAUAAAACCACCAUCAGAGUAGAAACAAGGUAGACAUUUCUGA